AUGCGACGUGGCACUGGCCUGUCUGCACCAAGCUCGGCUCCUCCUUCGACAAAUACCGGGCUUCGUAGCCAGUCUGCGACUCAAGAGAAGCGUCCUGUAGACGAGCUGUCUGCGCGGACGCCACGGGGUACUAUCGAGCAAUUACAACCCUCACUUCAACGGACUUUGGAGUCUCAGCCUCAGCCACUUCCACCACCCAACAAUCUCUCCGCCCCUCAGACGACUCCUUCGAGGCCGAAGUCGCCAUUGUACUUGACGGGCAAGAACCCCUAUGGCAGAAUCUUGGACAAUGUCGAGCAUCCCUACAGAGAGCGAAGAGCGCCAGAGUCGGGUCCACCCUCACAGCUCGGAAGCAACAUGGGCGGACGCCCAAGAACAUCUGGUUCUUUCAGAUUCGUCACACGCCCUACCCCUCCGCCAGCGCCUGAGCGAAAAGUCUCUGUUGAUGGCACUCCAAGGCCAUCUUCUCUCCCUCCAGCACGACCGCCACAAAAGGCAGUAUCUGUCAAGGAUGCGAAGAGCCUUUUCGAGACAAAAGCCUCGGAAUCUCGAAAGGCUCCUCCUUUUCCGUCUGCAAGAACCGCCACCAUUGCCAAGGACGCCUCCACCGACUCCGGGAUCAAGCAGCAACCGCACAAGGCCGGCCCUGUCAUGCGGUCUACCGGUAGCAGUGAGGAAGCACGUCCUGCGAAGGAAAGGCCGACAAGACGGGAAAUUUCUAGCGCUACCUUGCCUAUCCCAAGACCACAGACAGAGGCUGCCGAGCGAAGACAGUCAGCUCAGCGUACCAAUCCGUUCACUCGAGCGAAGGCGGACGAAGUCAGACCAAGGCUCGUCAUGAGGACCGCCACUGGAUUUGACGAUGGCGAAAGACCAGUUCGUCGACGAAGUUCGCCUAAGCGUUCUGCAAAAGUCGCAGAGUGGUCCAAUUCAAAAUCUCUCUAUGCCGCAGAAACGUCAGCCUCGGCUCGCAGGAGGUCUACAAGUGUGUCCACAGAACCAAAACCACAGGCAAAGCCGCUGAGGGGUGUUCAGCGCUCAAUUGUACAGCGAAACCGGUUUGACGAUCUCUCGGCGGGUACUCGUAGUACAAGAGCAAGUUCUGCAUAUCCAGAGCACCCACUCGCCUCUGAUGAAACAGUGAGGCGCCGUUCGAACCGGAAGUCGUCCACUGCUGAGUCCCAAAAAGCUAGCCCAUCAACCGAUCCAAAGAGGACCGGACAAGCCCAGCUGUCACGGACUGGUAACGCUGUUCGAAGGUUUGCAAGCCAAUUCGACCGCGGAAUCGCAGGCAAAGACCAGCAAAGGGACUCACGACAAAGCCCAUUCACUGAGCGACAGUCUCAUAGCGCAACCUGGACCAAGAGGAGCAGGCGUUAG